UGUGGAGUGAGAAGCGUUUUUAAGAAACGUAAGUGAAAUAUUAAACAGUGCGUGAAUUCUAUUUUGUUAAUUAACUAAAAUUAUAUUAAAGUUUAAGAGGAAGCAAAUCGAAAUAUCUAUGAUUAACUGCUGCCUGUCUUUGUCCGCGUUUAUUGGUCUUUCACGAAUCCCUUAUUAUUUUUAAUAUAAGUUGGGAUUUAAUUUCGAUUCCAGUACAAUAAAAUUUCAGAAGUAAAUUAAAAUCUAUUUGUUAAUUUACAAACUGACGCAGCACAGCGCGCUACACAGUCGACACUACAAUAGGGUGUUUCUUAAUUCACCAAAUAGGAGAUUAUUCUCUAAGUGUUUAUUCUUUUGCCAAAAAUUAAGAGACAUUGAAGACAACCUGAGACCAUAAGACUAUAAGAACAACAUAAGACUUCAAAAAGCCACCGAGAAAAAUAAAGAACAAGGAAAAGUAUGAAGAAAAUAAUUUAAAGCUGUAUCUUAAAUUAAAUUACUUAUAAUGCGUGUGGAAAUACCAGAGUGCCAGCGUUGCUGCUGCUGUUUGCCGUUAAGACGUGGUGUUCUGGUUUUCGGAUAUCUUAACUUGGCGUUUACAAUAUUCGUAAUCACAAUAGAGGCAUGGGUCUCGAUGGGAGAGUAUGCACCCUACUCCAUGACGAUGAUCAGAGGGGUACAGUUCCACAGCCACCUGUGGCUCUCGAUGUCGCUGCAGGCUGCGGAAAUACUCUUCAAUAUUGUUCUACUAGUUGGAGCUCACAUGAAAAAGCCACAGCUAAUGCGAGCGUACUACUACUACGGUAUAACAACGACUGUUGCAUCCAUCGUGACAUUUAUGGUUCUGUGGGUGAAAAUAGAUUGUAGACGCUGUUCCGGGAUAGACUACCUUAUGGAAGCCGCCUUCCUUGUUUGCGGUAUAGGAAUCCAAGUCUAUCUCCUGCUGCUCAUCAGAAGUGAACUGCGCAAGAUAAAGCAAAACAGCCAAAAUAUAUGCUACGUGAACCACGCGUCGGAGUUAAUGGUUGAAGCACCCCUGCAUAUAGGAAAUAAUCCUUUCUAGACGAUGAAAAAAAUACUGUUUGUUAUGAAAAUAAAAAUAAAACUUAAUAAUUGUAUUUUAGCAAAAGUGCUACUUAUUAAUUUAAGUUAUUUAUUGUUUUGUAAUUAAGAUUUAUCAUACAUCGUAUCAUUCUAUGGUCAGUAUUGAAAUAUAAAUUAUUAAAUAGCUUUUG